AUGGAGCACGACCUGGCCUCGGAGGACGACAGCCUGCUUCAUUCAGAGAAGGAGUUCCAUGAUGCAGCAAAGCGGAAUGACAUGGCCAGGAUGGAGGAGCUUAUCAAGAGAGGGGUUGACAUCAAAGCCAAAAACAGUACGGACCGGACUGCCCUGCACUGGGCUGCAGGAGCAGGGAACGUGGAUGCUGUGCGGCUGCUCCUGGAUCACGACAUCCCAGUGGAUGACAAGGACAGUUUUGGAAUGAAUGCUGCUCUCCUGUCUGCCUGGUUUGGCCACCUCCAUGUCCUGCAGAUCCUCAUCAAUGCUGGGGCCAAGACUGACUGUGCCAAUAGGGAUGGCAGGAACCUGCUCCACUGUGCAGCUCAGAGGGGGCACAUCCAGGUAAUGGAGUUCAUCAUGGAGCACCUGGAGGACAUGUGUGUGGAUGAGACAGACAAGAUGGACAGGACAGCGUUUCACCUGGCUGCAGAGCAUGGGCAACUGGAGGUGGUGGAGUUCCUCAUUCAACUGGGAUGUUUUCACAGUGCCACAGACAAGGAAGAAAACACAGCCUUGCAUUUAGCUGCUAAAAAUGGACACCUCUCUGUACUGCAGAAGGUUAUAGAUGUUGGAGUGGACCUUGAUGAAAAGAAUUCAGAAGGACUUACAGCUCUGCACCUGGCUGCUGAGGGGGGUCACAGCGACUCUGUGAAGCUGCUCUUGGAAGCUGGUGCUGAUGUCAAUGCCCAAACCCAGAAGAGGAUGAAUUGCCUUCAUUAUGCAGCACUGCAUGGCUAUGAGGAGAUAGCCAGGAUCCUCACAGAUGCAGGAAUCCACACAGAUGCUGUUAAUCAUCAAAAUGCAUCAGCAACACACAUUGCAGUACUGCAGAACUUCCCAGCCAUGGUCAAGCUCUUCAUUGAUGCAAAGUGUGACCUUGACAUUCCAGACAAUAGGCAGCAGACUGCACUCCACAUCGCUGCAGAGCAUGGCCGGCAGGACAUUGCUGAGAUGAUUCUCAUUGCGGGAGCUAAUCUGAAGCUAACAGACAAGCAAGGGAAAACAUCUCUGGAUGUCGCCGUCCGAGGCAAUCACAUCAACUUGGCAGACAUGAUUAUCAAAGCUGAUCGGUUUUACAAAUGGGAAAAGGACCACCUGAGCAGUGACUCCCACUCCUGGGUGGCAAAGCCCUUGAGCUUUAAGCAGGAUCACAGACUGGAAACACAGCACAUCCGCUCGGUCAUGUGGAGAUUAGCUACCAAGUACCUCAGACCUGGGGAAUGGAAGAAGCUGGCACAUUUCUGGAAAUUCACUGAUGCCCACAUUCGGGCCAUUGAGCAGCAAUGGACAGGCACCAAAAGCUACAGAGAGCAUGGCCACAGAAUGUUGCUUAUCUGGCUCCAUGGCGUGGUCACAGCAGGAGAAAAUCCAAUCAAGGGAUUGUACGAGGGCCUUGUGGGGAUUGGAAGAAGAGAUUUAGCAGAAAGCAUUCGGAAAAAAGCCAAUGCCGACUCUGCCUCCCCUCGGAAGUGUGUGACAAUGUAA